AUGGUAACAAUGCAGCAAGGUGGUGGACAGAUGAUGCGGGCUGUUAUGAUUCAACAGGGUUCACCGUACGAUCAGGCCAACUACAUAGUGCCAGCAGGUGCCGGCACCACGAUGCAACGUACAUCCGAUCCAUACGGGAUACCGCAAACGCAAACCGGUGCUUCGUCAAAUUAUGCUCAGUUGCAGCAAGGACAUAUGGUUGCCAGGACACAACCAAUGCCCUACGCAAAUGCGCCGAAUGCUCCACCACCAACCCCAAUGCAGCAAAGUAGUACAGUAAGUCCUCAAUUUGAUUUUUAG